CACGUGGCUUUUUAAGGAAUCUGGAUUCUUUUUUUGGAGUAACAUUAUGAGCCUUUUUACAAUAAGGGUUACAUGCUUUCAUAUUAUGUUGUUGCUGUGUUCUCUAAUAUUGUGCCUCCCAGGAACUCUCAGUAGCUCUCAAACAAGACAAGUAUUUCAGAUACUGGAAGAACAACCCCCUGGGGCAUAUGUAGGCACAAUCAGCACCAGACCAGGGUUUACCUACCGGCUAAGUGAGUCCCAUGCCCUAUUUAGUAUUAAUGCUACUUCUGGAUCUAUCUACACUACUUCUGUCAUUGAUAGAGAGAGUUUGGCUAAUGAUGUUAUUAACCUAGUGGUUCUGUCCAGUCAACCAACAUACCCAACAGAGGUGCGAAUUGCAGUGUUAGAUAUCAAUGACAACUCACCUGUUUUCCCAGAACCAUCUAUUGUGGUGUCGUUUAAGGAGGAUACACAAGGUGGGAGACAGGUCAUUCUGGACACAGCUACUGACUCAGAUGCUGGCACUAAUGGGGUGGAUCAUCGCUCCUACCGCAUUGUGUCAGGUAACCAGGAUGGGCGGUUCAAGCUUGGAAUAACAGUCAAUCCAAGUGGGGAAGGUGCAUUUCUUCACCUCAUGUCCCAGGGCUCCCUAGACCGGGAGACAACUCCAUGCUAUUAUCUGGUAGUGGAAGUGGAGGACAAAGGAACACCUAAAAGACUAGGCCAUCUUCAUGUUAAUGUUACUGUGCAGGAUAUUAAUGACAACCCACCAGUCUUUAGCAGCUCUCAGUACCAGGCUCGUAUAGAGGAAGAUGCUCCAGUGGGUUCCAGUGUUCUUAAAGUGGAUGCUACAGACCGUGAUGAUGGUGUUAAUGCUGCCAUAAGGUAUCAAUUGGCAGAAGGCACCCCAUUUCAGAUUCACCCCGAAACUGGACUUAUAACUAUACGCGAGCCAUUGGACUAUGAAAGUCGACGCCAAUAUACCCUUAACAUUCAGGCAAGGGAUCUGGGCACUCCACCACUCACUGGCAGGGCAGAGGCAGUGGUUCGUCUAAUUGAUGUCAAUGACAAUGACCCUGUAGUUAAAUUUCGUUAUUUCCCAGCAACCUCCCGUUAUGCAUCUGUUGAUGAAAAUGCCCAGGUUGGAACGGUGGUGGCCUUGCUUACUGUCACUGACUCAGACUCUCCUGCUGCCAAUGGUAAUGUCACUGUUGCUAUUCUAGGAGGUAAUGAGCAACAGCAUUUUGAAGUCCAAACUUCUAAGGUACCAAACCUUAGCCUUAUCAAAGUGGCCAGUGCCCUGGACCGAGAACGGAUACCAUCUUAUAACCUCACAGUUAGUGUAUCAGACCAAGGUCACCCUAAGCCUCGAUCCUCAGUAGCCAGCCUUGUGAUUUAUGUGAAUGAUAUUAAUGAUCAUCCUCCAAUUUUCCAGGAACAACAGAGUCGUGUUGAUAUCAGUGAGGACUUACCUCCAGGAUCCUACAUUUGUGGUGUCUCUGCUACAGAUGGUGACACAGGUCUAAAUGCCAAUCUACGAUACUCCAUAGUGUCUGGCAACAAGCUAGGCUGGUUUUCUAUUAGUGAACACAGUGGACUGGUAACUAGUAUUGCUGUACUUGAUCGAGAAGUAGCCUCUCAACUAAUGCUUAAUAUCAGUGCACGAGAUCAGGGCCCUCAGCCGAAGACAAGUUAUACUACACUCUUCGUCAACCUACUAGAUGUCAAUGAUCAAAGGCCUACAUUCAUUGGCAGCCAUUCUAAUGGUCAGCACUGGGUCUCGUUACCCGAAAACAGCCCAGUUGGCACUGAAUUAAUUACAUUAAAGGCUAAUGAUGGUGAUCUAGGUGACAAUGGAACAAUACGCUUUUAUUUUGAUGCUGAUAACCCAAGUCAAUGCCAAGGAUCCUAUCGCUUGGACCCAAUAACUGGACGUCUUAGCACAAGGACAGAGCUUGACAGAGAACUUCAGGAGAAUUGCAGUUUGUUCAUUUUGGCCACUGACCUUGGAACCCCACCUUUGUCAUCUACUGCCAAAGUGACUGUUACUCUGCUGGAUGUAAAUGACAAUAGCCCUAUUUUUUACCCUGUACAGUACUUUGCCAACAUUCAGGAGAAUGAACCACCUGCAAGUUUUGUGGUUUUUGUUACUGCUGCUGACCCUGAUCUGGGAAUAAAUGGUACUGUGAAAUACUCUAUUAGAGCAGGAGACACCUCAAAAUUUCAGAUCCAUUCUCACACUGGUGCAAUCUCUACAAAAGCAACACUAGAUAGGGAAGAGAAAACUGCUUACCAGCUGCAGGUAGUGGCAACAGAUGGUGGUGGUCUACAAUCUCACAAUCAUGCUAUUGUCACCAUUACUGUUUUGGACACACAAGAUAAUCCCCCAUCCUUUAGUCAAGAAACUUACCAUUUUGUGAUGUUUGAAAAUGUGCUAAUAGGGUACAAUGUGGGAACAGUUUCUGCAACUUCUAUGGAUCUCAACACCAAUAUUACCUACCUGAUAACUACAGGUGACCAGAAAGGGGUAUUUGCUAUUGACAAAGCCACAGGCAUAAUCACCACAGCAGGUGUAGUGGAUAGAGAAGAACAAGAGUUUUACCACUUGAAAGUAGUGGCCAGUGGUGGAGCAAUAACAGGAGAGGCUAAUGUUAAUAUUACAAUAAAAGAUUUAAAUGAUAACUCCCCACAUUUUCUUCAUGCAGUGGAAACUGUUAAUGUAGUGGAAAACUGGAAAACAGGUCACAUUAUAUUUCAAGCUAAGGCUGUAGAUUCAGAUGAAGGUGUAAAUGGCAAGGUAGGAUAUAGCUUAAAGCAAAACCCUCUUGGUUUAUUUAGUAUUGAGGAGGUCACAGGUGCUGUAGGUCUUACAGCACCACUUGAUGUAAAUGUGGGCUCAUAUCAAGUGGAAAUAUUAGCAUCAGACAUGGGUGUCCCACAGCUUUCCUCUAGUUUUAUACUGACUGUUUCUGUGCAUGAUGUUAAUGACAACCCCCCUGUGUUUGACCAACUUUCAUAUGAAGUAACCCUUUUAGAAUCAGAACCAGUUAAUUCAAGAUUCUUUAAGGUUCAGGCAGGUGACAAAGACUCAGGGGUUAAUGGGGAGAUCACAUAUUCUAUCAUAGAUGGAAAUGCAGGGGAAGCAUUUGGUAUUUUUCCAGAUGGACAAUUGUAUGUAAAAAGUGAACUAGACAGAGAAGUUAAGGAUAUAUAUAUUUUACUUGUGGCAGCGUCAGACAGAGCUAUUGAGUCUCUGAGUGCCACAGUUAAUGUGACAAUAAUAUUAGAAGAUGUGAACGAUAAUAGACCUUUGUUCAAUAGCACCAAUUAUGUUUUCUAUUUUGAAGAGGAACACAGUGGGGGCUCAUUUGUUGGAAAGAUCUAUGCAAUGGACAAGGAUAGUAGAUCUAAUGGUGAAAUAAGGUAUGCUUUUGAGACCAUGCAGCCUGAUUUUGAAUUAAACACAAUUACAGGGGACAUUACAAGCACACAUCAGUUUGAUAGGGAAACUCUAAUGAGACAAAGGGGGGCAGCAGCUUUCACACUGAAAGUAAUCUCUACAGACUUAGGACUGCCAAAACCAUUGAAAGAUCAGGCCACUGUGCAAAUUUACAUUAGAGAUAUUAAUGACAAUCAUCCAAAAUUUUCCAAAGAUUUAUAUCAAGCAAGUAUAUCAGAACUAGCUACAAAUAUGACACCAGUUUUAAGGGUCUCUUCCUCCGAUGUUGAUGAAGGGAACAAUGGUUUAAUCAGUUAUUCUAUUAUUAAGGGAAAUGAAGAAAAACGCUUUACAAUUGACAGUGCUACAGGCCAGGUAACAUUACUAGGGAUGCUGGACUAUGAAUCUACAGCAUCAUACUCUCUUAUAAUUGAAGCUGUGGAUUCUGGGACAAUUCCCUUAAGUUCAACUUGCACCUUGAGUGUUAAUGUUCUUGAUGAAAAUGACAAUACACCAUCUUUCCCCAAAACAACUCACUUUGUGGAUAUUUUAGAAAAUAUGAGGGUUGGGGAGCUUGUUUCUUCUGUCACUGCUACAGACUCUGAUUCUGGGGACAAUGCUGAUAUUCACUAUAGCAUUACAGGAACAAACAACCAUGGAACAUUUAGCAUCAGCCCUAACACUGGUAGUAUCUUCUUGGCAAAGAAACUUGACUUUGAAACACAGUCACUGUAUAAGUUAAACAUCACAGCAAAGGAUAAUGGGAGACCCCCUCGUUCAUCUACAAUGUCAGUUGUGAUACAGGUAAGAGAUUAUAAUGAUAAUCCACCAAGCUUCCCUACAGGGGACAUCUUCAAAUCCAUAGUGGAGAAUAUCCCAAUAGGUACAUCCAUAGUGACUGUAACUGCCAGUGACCCUGAUGCUGAUAUCAAUGGGCAGCUAACUUAUGCUAUUAUUCACCAAAGACCAAGAGGCAAUCAUUUUAUCAUUGAUGAAAUGCGGGGUACAAUCUACACAAAUGCCGAGAUAGACAGGGAGUACACCAAUCUUUUUGAAGUGACCGUGAGAGCUAGUGAUCAGGCUGUACCUAUGGAAACCAGGAGGUUUGCCUUAAAAAAUGUCACCAUAUUAGUUAGUGACCUCAAUGAUAAUGUACCUACAUUUGUAUCUCAAAAUGCCUUUGCAGCAGACCCCACACUUGUUAUAGGUUCAGUGCUAACAACCAUCACAGCUUUUGAUCCAGAUGAGGGUCCUAAUGGGGAGAUUGAAUAUGAAAUUGUUAAAGGGGACACUGAAACCUUUAUUAUGGAUCGUUACAGUGGAGACUUAAGAGUGGCCUCUGCCUUGUUACCGUCCAAUCUAAUUUACAACCUUAUAGUUGCAGCAACUGAUUUAGGUUUAGAAAGAAAGGCAAGCACAACUGAGUUAACUAUUAUUCUGCAAGGGAUGGAUGGUCCUGUGUUUUCUCACCCUAAAUACAUCACAAUUUUAAAAGAAGGAGAACCAGUAGGCACAAAUGUGAUAUCUAUUGAAGCAGCCAGUCCCCUUGGUUCUGAGGCGGCUGUGGAGUAUUUCAUUGUAUCAGUGAGAUGCGAGGGGGAAACGUUUGGUCGACUAUUCACCAUUGGACGCAAUACUGGUAUAAUUCAAACUGCUGCAGUGCUGGACCGUGAACGUGGGGCCCGUCUGUACCUGGUGGAUGUGUUUGCAAUUGAAAAGGAAACUUCUUUUCCUAGAACCCAGCGAGCUGAGGUUGAAAUAACCCUUCAGGAUAUCAAUGACAAUCCACCAGUUUUUCCAACAGAUAUACUUGAUCUCACCAUUGAAGAAAAUACUGGAGAUGGUUCUAAAAUAAUGCAACUGACUGCUACGGAUGCUGACGAGGGUGCUAAUGCUCUUGUCACAUAUACUAUCAUUAGUGGUGCUGAUGAUAGUUUCCGUAUUGAUCCAGAAUCUGGAGAUCUGAUAGCAACAAAACGCCUGGACAGAGAACGACGCUCCAAGUAUUCCCUGCUGGUGAGGGCAGAUGAUGGUCUCCAGUCCUCAGACAUGAGAAUAAAUAUCACUAUUAGUGAUGUAAAUGAUCACAUACCUAAAUUCUCAAGGCUUGUUUAUUCUUUUGAUGUUGCAGAAGAUACCAUCCCAGGUUCCAUAAUUGCAGCUAUAUUGGCUACUGAUGAUGACUCUGGCGCUAAUGGAGAGGUCACAUACGUGGUUAGUGACGAUGAUGAAGAUGGCAUAUUUUUCUUGAAUCCAGUUACUGGAGUUUUUAACUUAACCCGAGCACUAGAUUAUGAAGUCCAACAGUAUUAUAUACUAACUGUUUGUGCGGAGGAUGGAGGAGGCCAAUCCUCAUGUGUAAGAGUAUAUUUCAAUAUACUGGAUAUAAAUGAUAACUCACCAGUCUUCAGUAUGAAUUCCUACAGUACGUCUGUUAUGGAAAAUCUACCUCAAGGAUCAACAAUCCUCACAUUUAAUGUAACUGAUGCUGAUGACGGUAAGUUACACGUCUUAACUCCAAUAUUAUCAUAUGUUAUAUCCUCUGGAGACAGCAUGAGUCAGUUUGAAGUGAACAUAGAGGGUGUUCUAAGGAUUGUUAAAACCUUAGAUCGGGAAAUUCAGUCAUUCUACAGUCUUGUUGUUCAAGUUCAUGACAUGGCUUUACCACCGGCAUCCAGGUACACAAGUUCAGUUGAAGUGUCUAUAAUUCUUUUGGAUGUUAAUGAUAAUCCACCAAGCUUUACAUCCCCCAAACUGACUUAUGUGCAAGAAAAUACACCCAUUGACACCAUUGUAUUUAAAGCACAUGCAACUGAUCCAGAUAGUGGCCCAAAUUGUUAUGUGCAAUAUUCACUACUUAAUUCACUAGGAAACAAAUUCAGUAUCGGCAAUAUUGAUGGAGAAGUGCGUCUAACUGGAGAGCUGGAUCGUGAAGAAGUUUCCAAUUAUACAUUAACUAUUAUAGCUACAGACAAAGGAAAACCAUCUCUUUCUACUACAAUGGAUGUGAUCGUCAUAGUGCUUGAUAUUAAUGAUAACAAUCCUACAUUUUCACAAAGCCUCUUAAAAGUAGAACUUAGUGAAAAUAUAUUAACUGGGACAGAUCUCAUCCAAGUGGUUGCUACCGAUACAGAUGAAGGUGCAAAUGGUAUGGUCCGAUAUGCAAUUGUUGAUGGAAAUCCAAAUGGUGAGUUUAGGAUUGAUUCAGUUACAGGAAUGAUAGCCAUUGCCAAGCCUUUGGAUCGUGAAAAGAAGUCUUCAUACUCUCUAAUAGUACAAUCAUCUGAUCGUGGAAGUAGCCCUCGUACUGAUACAACCACAGUUAAUAUUCUGCUUUCCGAUGUAAAUGAUGUUGUGCCUAAAUUUGAAUUAUCACCAUAUUCAGUCAAUGUUCCUGAAAAUUUGGACACAUUACCAAAGACCAUCCUUCAGGUUUUAGCACGAGACGAUGACCAAGGACUUAAUAGCAGAUUAAUUUAUUCUCUGGCUUCUGGCAAUGAAAAUGGAGCCUUCAGAUUGUCAUCAAGUGGGGAACUGACUCUGGUUAAAAGCCUUGAUCGUGAGUCUAAAGAGCAAUAUAGAUUACUCGUCACAGCUACAGAUUCAGGUUCUCCACCUCUUACUGGAACAGGGACCAUCACAGUUAAAGUUGACGAUGUAAAUGACAACAAGCCUACAUGUUCCUCAAACAGUCAUCAUUUCAGUAUACAAGAAGAUGCGCCUACUGGAACAGAUGUUCUUUUAGUAAAUUGUUCUGACCCUGAUUCUGGACUAAAUGGUGUUGUUCGCUACAGUCUCAUUGGAGGAAAUUCUCAAUUCACAAUCAACCCAUCCACUGGCCAAAUAAUAAGCAGUUCGUUAUUAGACAGAGAAAUGAAGGACAGCUAUGCUUUGCUUGUGAUGGCAACUGAUAGUGGAUCUCCACCUAUGUCUAGCUCAACAAAUGUGACUGUAAAUAUUAUAGAUGUGAAUGAUAAUCCCCCUCGAUUUCUACAUAACCCAUAUGUCACCCAUAUUCCAUCUCCUGCAGCUGCUGAUUCUUUUGUGUUUGCUGUGACAGUAACUGAUGAAGACAUUGGAUCAAAUGCAGAACUGCAUUACUCAUUAAAAGGAAGGAACUCUGAUAAGUUUGUCAUUGAUCCAUCACGAGGAGCUAUAAGCACUUUGGAACACAUAGAAGGUGCUUCUGAAAUCACCUUCUCUGUCCAUGUUAAAGAUGGUGGACCAAAUUCUAAAUCUGACUCAACCACAGUUACAGUUAGAUUUGCUAGCAAAGCUGACUUCCCACAUAUACGAGCUGAACAAAAAUCUUUUACAUUUCCAGAAAAUCAAGAGGUGGGCACACAUGUAUCAACACUCUUUGGAUUAUCAUCAAGAGGAGGUUCUUUGUCUUUCUACAUUGCAAGUGGUAAUUUUGGCAACACAUUCCAUAUUGAUGAACUUAAUGGACAACUUUACAUAAAAAAUCCUCUAGAUUUUGAAACUACAUCUAAGUAUGUACUGUGGAUUGAGGCUAGAGAUAUGGGCUUUCCUCCAUUUUCCUCCUAUGAGAAAUUAGAAAUAAAUGUUUUAGAUGUCAAUGAUAAUUUACCACACUUUAAGCAAGAUCCUUUUAUAGCUGAAGUGAUGGAAAAUUUGUCACCACGUAAAAUACUUACAGUCUCAGCCAAGGAUACGGAUAGUGGCUUCAAUGGACAGGUGGAUUAUUCUAUUGUAGAUGGAAAUAAAGAUAAUUUUUUUAGUAUAAAUAGAGGUACUGGAGAAAUAAGAAGCACCAGGCAACUGGAUAGAGAGAAAAUUUCUCAGCAUACCUUAUUGAUUAAAGCUUCUGACAAAGGGUCUCCUUCACUAACCUCAACAGUGAGAAUCAUAAUUUAUGUUUUGGAUGAUAACGACAAUGCUCCAAGAUUUUCUCAAAUAUUUAGUGCCACAGUUCCAGAGAAUGCAGCUAUGGGUUAUACUGUUACACAAGUAACUACAUCAGAUGAGGAUUCUGGUGUAAAUGCUGUCAGUAGAUACACAAUAGCUGACACUAGCCUUCCUUUUGUAAUAAAUCUAAAUACUGGAGUUAUUACAGUAAGCAGACCACUAAAUAGAGAAGAUAGUGAUCGGUAUAUUGUACGAGUCUCUGCACAUGACUCAGGAUGGACAGUGAGCACAGAUGUGACAGUAUUUGUGUCUGAUGUAAAUGAUAACGCUCCAAGAUUUAGUAAACCAUCAUAUUAUCUAGACUACCCAGAAACAGCUGAAGCUGGAUCUAAAGUUACCCAAGUUUUUGCUACUGACCCAGAUGAGGGACUGAAUGGUCAAGUGUAUUAUUUUAUUAAGUCUCAGUCUGAAUUCUUCAGAAUUAACUCUUCCACAGGAGAAAUUUUCAACAAACAGCAUUUGAAGUAUCAGAACCCUAGUUUGUCAGGCAACAUUAACAUUAACAGACAUAGUUUUAUUGUUAGUGCUUCAGACCGAGGUAGUCCCCCUAUUAUGAGUGAAACUACAGUCUCAAUAAAUAUUGUUGACAGUAAUGACAAUGCACCAAAGUUUCUGUUAAGUAAAUAUUUCACACCAGUUGCCAAAAAUGCAAAAGUUGGUACCAAACUAAUAAAAGUUACAGCAGUUGAUGAAAAAGAUUAUGGGCUUAAUUCUCAAAUAGAAUAUUCUCUUUCUGCUGAGAAUGUGCAAGGAAAGUUUCAGAUAGACAAAGAAACAGGCUGGAUCACAGUAUUAUCUUCUUUAAUGAUGGAUUUAAAUAAAAACUUUAUUAUAAAAGUAACAGCAAAGGACAAAGGUAACCCACCACUAUCAUCACAAGCUAUAGUUAAUAUAACAGUGACAGAAGAAAACUACCAUACACCAGAAUUCUCUCAAAGCCAUAUAAGCAUAACUGUCCCUGAAAGCCUUGCACUGGGAAGCAUUUUUAGAACAGUGUCUGCAAGAGAUAAGGAUAUAUCUAUGAAUGGAAUCAUCACAUAUAACAUAUCAUCAGGGAAUGAAGCAAGCCUCUUUGCAAUUAACUCUUCUACAGGUGCAUUAUCAUUAUCAAGAAACUUGGACUAUGAACAAUGCCAAAAACAUGAAUUCACUGUUAGUGCUGUUGAUGGUGGAUGGGUGGCUAAGACAGGCUACUGUGUUGUUACUGUUCAUGUUAAUGAUAUUAAUGAUAAUCCUCCAAUAUUCAGUGCAGAAGAAUAUUUUCCUAGUGUUAUGGAAAAUGCUCCAAGUGGAACAACUGUCAUACGUCUGAAUGCAACCGAUGCAGAUUCUGCUCCAAAUGCUGUAAUUGCAUAUUCAAUACAGUCAUCAGAUAGUGACCUUUUUGUGAUUGAUCCAAACACGGGCAUUAUCACUACCCAAGGCUUUCUUGAUUUCGAAACAAAACAAAAUUAUCAUCUUACUAUAAAAGGUUUCAAUGUGCCUGAUGAAGAACGCUGUAGUUUUGUCACAGUAACUAUAAAUUUAGAGGGAACAAAUGAAUAUGUACCUCGAUUUGUGUCAAAAAUUUAUUAUUUUGAAGUCUCUGAGGCUGCCUCCAAAGGCACUGUUGUUGGGGAAGUAUUUGCUAGUGAUCGGGACUUAGGUGUUGAUGGAGAAGUACAUUAUUUAAUUUUUGGUAGUAGUAGGAAAAAAGGUUUCCAGAUUGACAAAAGAACAGGAAAGGUGUAUGUAUCAGGAAUUUUAGACAGAGAAAAGGAAGAAAGAAUUUCGCUAAAAAUUCUAGAAAACUAUGGCAGCAUUCGAGGUGCUGAUAUUGAUGAAGUAAAUGUAAACAUCACCAUUCUUGAUGCCAAUGACCCCCCUAUUUUCAGCUUAAAUGUAUACAAUGUCCAGAUCAGUGAAGGUGUGUCCCCUGGUACACAUGUUACUUUUGUAAGUGCCUUUGAUUCUGAUUCUGUUCCUAGCUGGAAUAGGUUUUCCUACUUUAUUGGUGCCGGGAAUGACAAAGGUGCAUUUUCUAUAAACCCACACACAGGACAGGUUACUGUUACCACAGAAUUAGAUAGAGAAACAACACCAAUUUAUAACCUUACAGUGUUAGCCAUUGACUCUGGAACACCCUCUGCAACAGGAACAGCUUCUUUGCUUGUAUCAUUAGAAGAUAUCAAUGACAAUGGACCUACACUUUCAACCAUACAAGGAGAAGUAAAAGAAAAUCACAGAGCUGGCACUCAUGUUAUGACAUUGCAAUCUUCAGAUCUGGACCUCCCCCCAAAUCAAGGACCUUUUACUUAUUAUCUUCUCAGCACUGGACCUGCAACUAGUUAUUUCAGCCUCAGUCCUGGAGGUAUUCUAUCAACUACAAGAGAAAUUGACAGAGAACAAAUUAGUGAGUUUUUCUUAUCAGUUGUUACAAGAGACUCCGGUUAUCCACAGAUGUCUUCCACAGGAACAGUUCAUGUUACAGUUAUAGAUCAAAAUGACAACCCAUCUGAACCAAGAACAGUUGAAAUUUUUGUACAUUAUUAUGGAAAUCUUUUUCCAGGAGGAAAUCUUGGUAGUGUUAAACCCCAAGAUCCAGAUGUGUUGGAUAGUUUUCAUUGUUCUCUUACUUCAGGUGUUACUAAUCUGUUUAGUAUACCAGCAGAUAGUUGUGAUUUGAAUUCGCAAUCAAGAUCUGCUGAUGGGACAUUUGACCUUACUGUUCACAGCAGUGAUGGUUUACAUGGUGCAGUAGUGAACAAUGUCAGAGUCUUCUUUACAGGAUUCAAUAAUGUAACAAUUGACAACAGUGUUCUACUGAGAAUAAACAUUCCAAAUGUUAAAGACUUUUUAACUAAUCAUUAUCUUCACUUCUUGCGCAUUGCUAGUUCCCAGCUUACAGGACUUGGAACAGCAGUACAAAUUUUUGGAGCAUUCGAGGAAAAUAACCGUACUUUUGUUAUGACUGCUGUUAAAAGAAGUAACAACCAGUAUGUGAACCCUAGUGGAGUGGGUACUUUUUUUGAAAGCAUUAAAGAAAUUUUAUUUCGACAAAGUGGAGUGUGGAUAGAAUCAGUGGAUCAUGAUUCAUGUGCACAUAAUCCUUGUAAUAAUGGUGCGAGCUGUAUAAAAAGAAUCGCAGUGAGUCCAACAAUAAAAAUUCUUGAAAGCAUACCUGUAAUUAUUGUAGCCAAUGAGCCACUUAAGACGUUUAUGUGCAAAUGCAUGCCAGGAUAUGAUGGUAACCUAUGUGAAAAUGACAUUGAUGAAUGUCUUCCAUUUCCAUGUCAUAAUGGUGGAACCUGUCACAACUUGGUGGGAGGAUUUUCCUGCAGCUGCCCAGAGGGUUUUACUGGGAUUGCAUGUGAACGGGAUGUUAAUGAGUGCCUUUCCAACCCCUGUAAAAAUAGUGCCGUUUGCCAGAAUUUCCCAGGAGGUUUCAACUGCAUUUGUAAAGCUGGUUCAACAGGUAAAUUGUGUGAAUCUGCUAUUAAUUAUUGUGAAUGCAACCCUUGUUUUAAUGGUGGAUCUUGCCAAAGUGGUGUGGAUGGUUACUACUGCCAUUGCCCAUUUGGUGUCUUUGGAAAACACUGUGAAUUAAAUAGUUACGGCUUUGAAGAAUUAUCCUACAUGGAGUUCCCAAGCUUGGAUCCUAAUAAUAACUAUAUUUAUAUAAAGUUUUCUACAAUCAAAACAAAUGCCUUACUCCUAUAUAAUUAUGACAACCAGACUGGAGAAACAGCAGAGUUUCUUGCAUUGGAAAUAGUUGAAGAGAGAAUGAGAUUUUCUUACAAUCUUGGCAGCGGAACAUACAGACUGACAGCAAUGAAGAAGGUGUCUGAUGGACAGUUCCAUACCGUGAUUGCACGCAGAGCUGGAAUGGCUGCAUCACUUACUGUUGACACUUGUUCAGAAGACCGUGAGCCAGGCUAUUGCACCGUCAGUAAUGCUGCCGUUUCAUCUGAUUGGACACUGGAUGUUCAGCCAAACAGAAUAACAGUAGGAGGUAUCAGAUCCCUGGAACCAAUACUACAAAGAAAAGGACAAGUACAAAGCCAUGACUUUGUAGGAUGUAUAAUGGAAUUUGCAGUGAAUGGGCGUCCUCUUGAACCAAGCCAAGCACUGUCAGCACAAGGAAUUCUAGACCGAUGCCCGAGAUUAGAAGGCGUUUGCAAUACAAUGUCUUGCCAAAAUGGCGGAACCUGUAUGGACAAUUGGUCUUGGCAGCAAUGCAACUGUAAAGAUGGAUUUACUGGGAAGCAAUGUGAAAAAUACAUGACAGCAGAUACAGCUUUAUCUCUUGAUGGCAAAGGAUUCCUUCAAUACUCCAUCAUUCAGACAAAGAAGCGCGAAUAUUUGAUGAGGCCUCAAAGUGUUGAUCUAGACACCAUUUUUAUGAAUCACUUAGAAGUUAAAUUCAGAACUAGGAGUGACAAUGGGUUCCUACUUCAGAUCCAUGAAAGUAGCAAUUAUACUAUUAUAAAGGUGAAAAAUGGAAAACUUCACUACACAUCUGAUGCAGGUGUAGCAGGAAAAGUAGAGAGGAACAUUCCCGAGCUCUACGUAGCUGAUGGUCGCUGGCACACCUUUACAAUGGAGAAGAAUGGCUCAAUUACUUCUUUAUCGAUAGACAAAGCCUACAGCAGGGAUAUACAUCAUAUAACUCAGGAUUUUGGAGGUCUCAAUGUUCUAACAAUGCAGCUUGGAGGAGAACCACAUGGACAAAUAUCUCAAGCAAGUUAUAAUGGUUUUGACGGCUGUAUUGCUUAUGUGAAGUAUAACCGAGAAAAUCUUCCAUUUAGUGGCAAGCACAACUUGGUUAGCAUAUCCAAAUCUGACACAUCAGCUAAGAUUGGUUGCCGAGGUCCCAAUAUUUGUGCAAGUAACCCAUGUUGGGGAGACUUAAUAUGCAUAAAUCAAUGGCACGCAUAUUCAUGUGUUCCUCCUGGAGACUGUUCCUCAAAUCCCUGUCAAAAUGGUGGCAGCUGUGAGCCUAAAUCACAAUCUGGAUUUACUUGCAUUUGUUCUGACUCAUACACAGGAAAGUUUUGUGAAAUGGCAACAGUCUGUGUUGGUGUUACUUGCCCUCAGGGUAACAUAUGCAAGAGUGGAAUAAAUGGAGGACAUAUAUGUGUUUUGAUAUCACAUGUUGAGGAUCCGUCCCUCCCACUUUGGGCUGUUCCUGCAAUUGUAGGCAGCUGUGCAACCGUUCUUGCUCUGUUGGUUCUUAGUUUAAUUCUAUGCAAUCAAUGUAGAGGAAGAAAAACAAAAGUGCCAAAAGAAGAGAAGAAACCCAAAGAAAAGAAGAAAAAGGGAAGUGAGAAUGUUGCAUUUGAUGAUCCUGACAAUAUUCCACCUUAUGGUGAUGACAUGACUAUAAGGAAACAACCUGAAGGGAACCCAAAACCAGACAUAAUUGAAAGAGAAAAUCCAUAUUUAAUCUAUGAUGAGACUGAUAUACAUCAUAACUCUGAAAUAAUACCUAGUGCUCCUUUGGCUCUCCCUGAAACUGAGAUAGAACACUAUGAUAUUGACAAUGCCAGUAGCAUUGCUCCUUCUGAUGCAGAUAUUAUUCAGCAUUAUAAGCAGUUCCGAAGCCAUACACCUAAAUUCUCUAUACAAAGGCACAGCCCUCUUGGCUUUGCAAGACAGUCUCCACUGCCAUUGGGGGCAAGUAGUCUAACAUAUCAACCUUCAUAUAGCCAGGGACUUAGAACAGCUACUCUGGGUCAUUCAGGUUGUCCUCCCCCUAAUCCACUGUCUCGUCACAGUCCUGCACCAUUUUCCAAGUCAUCAACAUUUUACAGAAGCAGUCCGGCGCGAGAGCUGCACUUAUCAAGAAGGGAAGGCAGUCCUUUAGAUAUGCAUAAUGAUGUUUGCCAGCCUGGGAUUUUCAACUAUGCUACAAGACUGGGGAGAAGAAGCAAAAGCCCACAAACUAUGGCAGGUCAUACUUCAAGGCCAGGGAGUCGUCUUAAGCAACCUAUAGGCCAAAUUCCUAUGGAGAGUGGACCUCCUGUUGGACUUUCAAUAGAGGAGGUUGAAAGGCUUAAUACUCCUCGACCACGAAAUCCAAGCAUCUGUAGUGCAGACCAUGGAAGAUCCUCCUCUGAGGAAGAUUGUCAGAGACCCCUUUCUAGAGUAAGGAAUCCAGCAGAUGGAAUUCCAGCUCCAGAAUCCUCAUCUGAUAGUGAUUCACAUGAGUCUUUUACUUGCUCAGAGAUGGAAUAUGAUAGAGACAAGCCCAUGGUAUACACAUCAAGGAUGCCAAAACUAACUCAAGUUAAUGAGUCAGAUGCAGAUGAUGAAGACAAUUAUGGUGCUAGAUCAAAGCCUAGGAGAUACCCAGGCCGAAGAGCUGAAGGAGGACCUGGAAACACAGCUACUUUACCAGCUGAUGCAUUACCAAUGAAACUAACCCAACAAGCUGGUAAUUUCAAUUGGGACAAUUUGUUAAACUGGGGACCAGGGUUUGGACAUUAUGUAGAUGUUUUUAAAGAUUUGGCUUCACUUCCUGAAAAGACAUCAGCGGAUGUUAAUGAGGAAAACAGAGGAGGUACAGCUAAAUCGGUUUCCAAAGAUGGAGAAGCAGAACAAUAUGUCUAGAUAUAGCAUACUUGGAUUGUCAAUAUGCAAAACUAUUUAACAGUCAAUCCAUUGUAUGGCUGUUUACAACUGAAAGUCUCCAUUUUAAGAGCAGGCCAGUGAACGUUCAUAAUCUGAAGGGACACAAUUAAAAUAAUAACCAUAUUGCUGCUGCAAAGGACAGAACUUUAUUUAAAGCAAUUUCCUUUAUUAUUCAUUUUUUUGCAUGCUUUACACUUUACAGAUUGAAAUUCAGCAUGCACUAAUUCAAAUAAAUGUCCUCAUUUCAAUGGAUUAUUAUUAGCUACAUUAUAUUUUAUGCUCUUCAGCAAUUUCGGUCCUGUUCUAGAGACCUGUGUGGAAGUCAAGUUCAGUCUGUGUAAAAACCAUUGCAAAUUAUUUUGCGUUCAGCAUUUGUUUUAUAUGUAACAGUGUAUUAUAGGGCACAAAGUUGUGGUUUGUUCAUUACAUCCUGGCAAUAAAGGGUUAUAAGUAUAUUUAAGAUCAGCACUUUAGGGCCUUCUUACAAUAACUGUAUUUUAAAAGAGUUCAUUCCCUUUUGCAAACAUUAAAUUGUAUUUCAAGAUUACAAAAUGUUACUUUGACAAAAAUAUAUUUUUGUAAGAACUACAGUUUCUAAAUAUCAGUUGUUCACUAACAAAUCUAGGAAUCUAGAACUUAGUAGAGAAACUUAUCCUAGAUUUUUCAAUUUGUAUGUUGAAAUUUGAAACGUCACCAUAGUGAUAUUUGUACUGUGGAUAUUUUUUACAAUUACUUUUACUCAGACUAUGUUUUUGAUAUGGAUAUUUUGCUAUGCUGAAUAGUUUUCUUACUUUCAGGGAAAGCAAGAAAAUGCUUUUCUUUAAAAAUAUCUGUUACUUGUGUAACAUUCAUAUUUUUUUGAAUUUUGAUACAACUGUAACAUAAAAAUAUGCCUUUCUUCUUGUAAAUGUCAAUAAUAAAAUUAAGAUAUUUAUUUAA